UGAGAGAGUGAGAGCUCAGCCGCUCUGCGCGCUCAGAAUGCGGCUGCUGCUGUAGACUCGUCCCGCUCCCGUUCCCUGGGACGCCAAAACUGAACGGGAAACAUGUGCAACACUAAACGGACAACCUGCCUUUACAGAAAACGAGAGUUCUGGGGUUUGGUCACUCUCCUUCUUUACACCAGCCCCCUCUCCUGCUCAUCAAAUUUCAGUCACCUCAUUUAUAAGAUAAAAGAAGGUUUACCUAAAGGGAAGCUCAUAGGGGCUAUCGGUAAAGAUUUAAACUUGGAUCUGACAGUAGAGCCCCCACGUUCCUUCAAUCUGGAACAAAAGAUGGCAAGCCAGCAGUAUGUGAAUUUGAAUAACACAUCAGGGGAGCUGUUCACAUCUGCCGUGGAGAUCGACAGAGAGGCUCUGUGUGAAAACUCCCAUGAAGGUCAGGGCUGCACAAUCUUCCUGGAUGUGCUGAUCCUUCCCCAACAGUACUUUCAGUUAGUUAAGAUCAGAAUCGUCAUAGAAGAUAUCAAUGACAACCAUCCACAUUUCCCCAUAGAUGAAAUCAGACUAUCUGUGCCAGAGAAUGCACCGGUUAACGCCAGGUUUGCGGUGGAGCAGUCCGCGGUUGAUCCUGACAUCGGGAUUUACGGCGUUCAGACUUAUUGGCUUAUAAAUGACUAUGGAGUUUUCACUCUAGAUGUUGAGGAGAAUGAAGGGGGUGAACUGACACCCUUCCUCAUCAUUACAGAGUCUCUUGAUAGAGAAACACAAUCGGAGUAUGUAACUGACAUCAUAGCGGAGGACGGGGGCUCUCCGCCACUCCUGGGCACUGCAACUCUGAGGAUUAUUAUCACGGACGUCAAUGACAACUGCCCUAAGUUCACAGAGUCGCAAGUAAAUGUUACGCUUUAUGGGAAUGCUACAAAAGGUACCCAGCUGACACGUCUCCAAGCCUAUGACCCAGAUGAGGGGGCCAAUGCCCUGAUAACAUAUACCUUUAGCGAACGUGUCACCCAAGAAAGCAGGAACCUGUUUCGUUUGGAUAGAAUCACAGGGGUAAUUAAGCUAGAGGGAAAAAUAGACAACAACACUGGAAAGCUCUUCAAGCUAAUCGUACUCGCCAAUGGGCCAACAUGUAUUCCAGAAGUUGUGACAGUUUCUGUUCAUGUUAUCAAAGAGCUCUUUGGCCCACCAGCAGUUAUACCACGCUAUAUUGCGUUAGAAAAGGAUGGUGUUGUCAAUCUAAGCGAGUCAGAGCCACCGUUUUCCCCAAUCGCAUUUUUUACCAUCAAAAACACUGACCCACGACAGAAAGUAGAGUGUCGUUUAGAGGGUACCGGUCCAUUCCGGCUUGUACCCUAUGAGCGUUUCAAGAACGAGUAUUUGCUUGAGACCACUGAACUACUAGAUUAUGAGCAGAAACAGAAUUAUGAACUGAUUGUAGUGGUUCAUAACUCUCAUGGAUUAGUAGUUAAGACCAUUGUAAAGGUCCAUGUAUUGGACGUUAAUGACAAUGCUCCAGUUUUCAAGAAAUCCCUCUUCGAAAUUACAGUGGAUGAGAACAACCCUCCAAAUACGUUCCUCACCCAACUUCAGGCAACUGAUGCGGAUAGCGACAGCAGGGGCGAGGUGUAUUACCAACUUGGUGCCGACGCUCCCACCAUUUUCCUCCUGAACAGGUUGACCGGAGUCUUGACCGUGUCCACCUCUCUUGACCGAGAGGAAAAGGAAACCUACCGAUUCAUGGUGCGAGCCGUGGACCGUGGAACGCCAAGAAAGGAGUCAAUCGCCACUGUGAUAAUCACUGUGCAAGAUCGUAAUGACAACAGUCCUCGCUUCAUCAACAAGGAUUUCACUUUCUUUGUCCCGGAAAACUUUCCAGAUUUCGGGGAAAUCGGGGUGCUUACUGUGACGGAUGCAGAUGAAGGGGAAAAUGGCUGGGUGGCGCUGUCCAUCAUCAAUGGAAGUGACAUCUUUGUGAUUGACACAGGACGAGGAGCAUUAAGGGCAAAGACGCCUCUAGACAGGGAGCAGCAGGGGACAUACUAUGUCUGGAUUGAGGCCGUUGACGGAGGUGAACCCGCCCUUUCUUGUGUCACCAUGGUGACCAUUCUCCUCCUGGACGUCAAUGACAACCCUCCAACUGUUCUUUUCCCCCAGUCCAACCAGUCUUACAUGCUGGUGCUUCCCAGCACGCUACCAGGAACAUCUAUAACGGAAGUCUACGCCGUGGACCGGGACACGGGAAUGAAUGCUGUUAUUGCAUACAGCAUCAUCAAGAGAACAGAUGGAGAGCCAGGCUCAUUUGACAUUGACCCGUACACUGGAAACAUUACCCUGAAGAAAUCCCUGAGCAACCGAGGCCUCUACAGUCUUUGGGUCAAAGUCAGGGAUCAUGGUCAACCAGAGCUGUACUCUACAGUCCUGGUCAACCUUUUUGUGAACGAGACGGUGAGCAAUGAAUCCCACAUUCAGAGUCUGUUGCCCAGGGUGGCAGAAAUUGAGGAUGAAGUCCCUCCCAUCAAGAAACCGAGGGAGGGUGAUCGAGUGCCAAUUCCAUGCAGCGAGUACCAUGUCGUACUGCUCGCUCUGACGGCUACCUGCCUGGGACUGUUUCUUACAGUCUUGUCAUUGGUUACGUACAUUUGCUGCAAGAAGAUGAGAAAGCCUAAAAAGAAACGGUUGGACGUUGAGAUUCCUUUAAAACUGAACCAUGAAACAUUGGACAGGAACACAAUGGAAAUUUCAAACAUAUGACACUGGAAAGCACAGAGACUACAACAGACUGCUUUUACUGCCCAAAUCAAUCUGUUUACAAUGUGUUUUGUGCAACUUAUAUUUUGAUUUUAAAAUUAUUUGAAAAUAUAAUGUAUAUAUUAUGCAUACUGUGUUUUGUACUGUAUAUAUAUAUAUAGACAAGAUCACUGCAGUAUAUAUGAACAUUUUGCAAUUUGCUGCCCAAUAAGCUUUUAAUGUAACUUAUCAUACAAGCGUAAAUGGUGCCCUCAGCUGUUGUGUCAAAUUGUCAAACCUUUUAAAUGCCUAUCUUUAAAUCCCAAUGCAGUAAUUUACAAAAACAAUGUUCUGCCCCUGGAAAGGUGUUCCCAUUGAGAUAUAAUAUGCCUCAUGUUUGUCAUCACUCUUCUGAAUAUGAGCUUUUGCAUACCAAGAUGGUUACUCAAGUGUUUCUCCCUGAGUCAAUAUUUUUACAUGCGCUUUAAAGGUCGAUUUCAGUUAGACUAAAUCAAUAGUUCACCACAUAAUAGUUCAGUCGUAUUUUUGAGAAGUUUAUCUAACAGACCUAGAUAUUGCAAUUGUAGCUAGUUGUCAUCCAGCAAUACACUUUAAUCGGACCACAAUUGGCCUCUGCGUUUUGUGUGCACUCUGAAAGACAGAGGUGACACAUGACGUGUAUUUCUGGCACAUGCUCAGCUGAAGUAUUCGAUUACGCAUUGUGCCACAUAUACUUUGACAGACGGAUGAAAACUGUGCAAGUUGUAGCUCAAUUAUAACUGUGCAUGUACAUGUACUGAGUGACAUGUUGCUGGACAUCUUUCUUAUGUUUUCCAUAGGAUACAGUGUUGGUAUGAAUAGAUUCUAGGCUGGAAUGAAAUGUCCCAAUAAGCCUUGUAAGCUGGGUGCACACUUUUUUGUCCUUUAAAAAUGUUGUUUCUCAGAUUGCUCGAUAUAAUCCCAAUGAGAUCUUAAAAGCCAAGGCAUACUGUGCGACAUGAACUGCCAUUUAUGCAAUACUCUAAGAUAUACUGUGCUAACGUUUGUGCUAAUGUUGGCACUGUUUUGCCUGGAAAAAGAGACAUGUAAGUUUCUGGAGUUUAAAUAAAUUCAAUUAUAUAGACCUUUUUACAAAACAAAUAGUCCCAAAGCAGUCCAACGUCUGUCAUUGUUCUGCAAUUUGUUGGCUGCUCAUUUUUAAUUAACAAGAUGUUUAUUUUUCAUGUCAUAUGAUGAGCCAGUAUCAACAUUUUAACAGAACAUUUUCUCUUUUUUUGGUUCUUUAAUAGACGUCACAGGAGCAGUCGCUUCAUAACAACUUUGUUGAUGGCUAAAAUGUAUUGAAUGGCAAUUAAUUGUUCAUCAGUCAGCAUGUCACACUAAGCGAUCAUAGACUCAAUUAUGCCCUACGAUGUAAAAACAACGUAAAACCUUUUUACAAUUCCAAAAAUGUGUUUCUGAUAACAAAACAAUUUACAGUGUGCAACCGGCUUUACUUGAUGACUUUUGAUGUUUGUAAUCCCAGCUCAGAUUUUUCUCUCAAAGACACUACAUACAACUAUACUACAUUUCUCCGAUUUUAUUUCUCUGCUGUGUUACGAAAGAAUUCUUAAACAUUA